GGAGGCGGCGCCGACCAGGGUUGGCCAGGCCCGAGUGGGCCCCAGGCGGAUGUGAGCAGGGCCGGACCAAGAUGGCGAUGCCGGUGGUGCAGGCGGUUCACCUGGAGUCUGACGCUUUCUUCGUUUGUCUCAACCAUGCCCUGAGCACGGAAAAGGAGGAGGUCAUGGGGCUGUGUAUCGGAGAGUUGAAUGAUGACACAAGGAGUGACUCCAAAUGUGCGUGUGCUGGCACUGAGAUGCGGACCGUUGGGGAAAAGGUUGACACUGGGAAGAUUAUUCACAUUCAUUCUGUCAUCAUCUUGCGACGUUCCGAUAAGAGGAAGGACCGAGUGGAGAUUUCUCCAGAACAGCUGUCUGCGGCCUCUACAGAGGCAGAGAGACUGGCUGAACUAACAGGUCGGCCCAUGAGAGUUGUGGGCUGGUAUCAUUCCCAUCCGCAUAUAACUGUCUGGCCUUCUCAUGUUGAUGUUCGAACACAAGCCAUGUACCAGAUGAUGGAUCAAGGCUUUGUAGGUCUGAUUUUUUCCUGUUUCAUAGAAGAUAAGAACACAAAGACUGGCCGGGUGCUCUACACUUGCUUCCAAUCCAUACAAGCCCAAAAGAGCUCAGAGUCCCCUCAUGGUCCCCGAGACUUCUGGAGCUCCAGCCAGAACAUCCUCAUUGAGGGUCACAAGAAACAGGAAAGGUAUGAGAGAAUGGAAAUUCCAAUCCAUGUGGUCCCUCACGUUGCCAUUGGGAAGGUGUGCCUGGAAUCCGCAGUUACCUUGCCCAAGAUCCUGUGCCACGAGGAGCAAGAUGCAUACAGGAGGGUCCACAGCCUUACACAUCUGGAUUCAGUCACCAAGAUCCAUAACGGCUCAGUGUUUACCAAGAACCUGUGCAGUCAGAUGUCAGCAGUCAGCGGGCCUCUGCUACAGUGGUUGGAGGACAGACUGGAACAAAACCAGCAGCAUCUGCAGGAAUUGCAGCAAGAAAAGGAAGAGCUGAUGCAGGAACUCUCUUCCCUAGAAUAGGAUAAGAUAAAAUGAGG